AUGGGUGCAGCAGGUUCUGCGGCCAGAGCGGCAACGAUGGUAAGUGGAGAAGUCGCUGCGGUAGGCGCCGAGGUCGCGGAGGCGGUGAUGAUGAGCGGAGGAUUGGUAGCAGCAGAUGCCGAAGUGCUAGGUCAGACAGCCGGCAGGGUCGCCUCGUCAUCAGGGUCAACAGAGUUCUUUUCGUCCCUGGGAAGCACCGCCUCGGAUUCUUCCGCACUUCGAAGCCUAGCUGGGUCAGAGGCAUCAGGACUCGAAGAGUUGAAUCCUAUAUUAUCUUCGAGGAGAAGGCCGCAGUCGCUGGGUCCAUCCUACUCAGGCAGGCCGCCGUGGGAAGGACCAGGCUUCAGAAAUCACCCUGCGUCAGAGGGUGGCGCAUACCAAAACUGGGAUAUCCCAGGGCAAGGAGCGGCCGCAGAGGGCGCAGAGAUAUCAAGACACUACUCGACAUCGACAGAGUCAGAAUGGGUCCGCGAGCAGGUCAAAGGAAAACAAACCGCUACCGAUUGGUACGCCUCUAGCGGGGAACAUUCGUCAACAGGAGCGGUAAGAGGAUCCGUAUCGGAAAGUUCAGAUAUCUCAGCCGAAUCGAUAUCAAAAGGGUGGUCAACAGAAGCGGCAGAUGGAUCGCAAUCACAUGCUUGGACCGAGUCCUUUGACGAAGCCAGGACGCCGUCGCAAAUAUCGUCGACAAGCGCGGUGAGAGGCUCGGAACCGAGACCUCUAUCAGACUCAAUGAGCCUCUCCUCGGAGGAGUCGACAGGCAGCGUUGUCCAUCACACCCCCCCGAACGACCCCGGAUCCAUGGAAGCGAUAGAUGGAUCAGCGGAAGCGCUAUCAAUAUCAGAAACGGAUUCGGUAGCCGAAUUGUCAACGGUAGCGAAUGACGGGUCACGAGAACAAUAUCUAGAAGGGGUGCGAGAAGGAAACUUGGGGUCGUCAAUGGAAGCGAUAGAUGGAUCGAGAUUCGCGUCGACGGUAACAGAGGUGGAAGGAGAGGUGAUGGAAGCGAUCGAAGGCGAGGUCAUCUACGACGGGCACUCACUCCCGCCAGACUCUCCCGUCCCCCAUCACCGUCCGCGAUUAGGAGAACCGUCGACAGACUCGCUCGCCUCAGGGGAGUCAAUGGAGUCAACAGCAGGUGCAGCUCGCCGUCCACAGCCGGGGGGAGAACCGUCGGCACACUCACACGUGCCAGGGGAGUCAAUGGAGUCAACAGGAACUGCAGUCCGCCACCCGCAACCCGGAGGAGAAGCGGCAGCAGAAUGGGCACCGGAGGCAGCAGCAGGACCGAAGAAGGUGAACGAGUGGCAAGACAUAUGGACUGCAGACGAGAUCUUGAAAUUCCCUCGGGAAACGAGAUUCAACAUACUCAAGGGCGACGGGAAGACAACCCCGAUUUUUUGGAGGCCAGGGCUGAAAAUCGAUGUGAAGACAUAUUCAAGCUGGGGAAAGGCGGUGCGGAAUUUUGUCAAAAAGGAGGGAGCCUUUACCGGCGAGGAAGCCUGCAUACUCUUUUACAGAAAGCCAGGGCAACUGACCGGCCGAGAAUUUGUGGAAAUGGUCGGCAAGUCGAUUUCUCCCAAACAGAACGCAAAGCUCUACGCCAUGUCGGGAGAAGAGUUUGCGAAGCUGACCGCGCCCCAACUUCAAAAGUUGCUGCCGCGGCUUUCGAGAUACAACGCGGCAAAGGCCGCUGUUGCGUUUGUUACCUAUGGCUUGAUUGCAGCAGGAUAUACCUGGGGAAACGUUAGAGGAUUCAUCGGUGCACAGAAAAUGAAGCCGAUAUACAAGGAUGUGUACAAGCGCUCAGAAAGCGAGGCAGCUUCGCCCGCGGCGAUACAAGCUCGUAUACCGCAGGCAAGACUCGUCGUUACCGAAGGGCUGACAUGGACAUAUACCGACCCUCUCCCGGCGCUGGGCAUCUAUACUGCAAACGACACUACUUCGCAAAUAUUCGACGGGGAUUAUAUCACGGUGCCCAUGUCUACAGGCCCGGAAUACACGCUCACCUUUCCGCCCGAGGUCCAGCGGAUACAUCUUACCAACGCCGGGCCCCGGCCAAUCUGUAUAGCGGGCGCCAACAUCACCAGCUUUGACAGUGACUGGAUGAGCUUAAGUGGCAACCUGGGGGCGCAUUUCAACGUUGACCACUAUGAGACAGGUCAGCAAGUCAUGAACGGGUCGACAUCAUGCGUCUGGAUCGACAACAGCCCAGAAGGUAUUGGUAUCCCUGGGAUAACUUUUCAGUUGGUCCCAGAUAUUGAUGCUCCUCUGGACGACAACGGUACAGAUCUCUUCGUGUGGCCUUCAUUCAACGAUACCUACCCGGCAGAUAUGGCGAGCAGCAAGGGGCCUUUCAACUUCAGUGGGCACUUGGUCAAAAGCCGGCUUGGCAGGUCGAGUGCAAAGCGUCUAUGUGAAAACCAGCACACCAAAGGCCCACAUUUCGUGAGCCUGGACGAGAAGCUGUAUUGCGACAUGGAGACGCGACAAGUCUACCCGACCUGUGGUAGUGCGGCUGAGGAUGUGGUUUGCUUUGAUGUCAAAAGGGAUGAGCUUAUCGAGCCAGAGGAGGGCAGCACGGAGGAAUCCGAGGUUAAGACUGAAGAGGCCCACGGCUCUUUUUCCAAGCGGCGGGUGAAGAUGACGAAGAACGUUAAGGUCCUCAAGAGCUUCAAGCACGUCCAUGUGUGGGAGUAA